AUGUUCUGGGGCCCGGCCAAAAAAUCAAAUUGCCAAACGGUUCAUGCUUUCCAAUCUAUUUGUCUGCGUAUCAUCACAAAAGCUCCAUGGUACGUAACGAACAAAUUACUCCACGACGAACUCCAAAUCAAAACCAUCCAGGAUACAGCCAUCAUUUUCUACAAAAGGUUUCACGGGAAACUUAGCACGAAACCCUACCGUCUUAUAUCACAAUUGGUCUCAAAGACACUUCCUGACAAACCCAUAAGACCCAUAAUAUACUUAUGCGUCAAACUGAAAUCAUCAGCUGAGAAAAAGUUGAAAAAUUAUAUGAUCGACAGGAAAAAUAAUCUGAUGGGGUUGGCUAUAAAAAGCUGA